AUGGUUUGUAUUUUAUUGUGGUGGGGACAAUUUACGCUGAUUGAAUUUGGACUUAACGUAUUUAUAUGGUGCUACGGAUUUUACUACUUUAUUCAUAUUAUCUCGCUUGCCCUUCGAUUUAAAGAUGGAAGAUUUUUAAUCUUGUCCCUAUUCGGAUGGAGAAAGGGUUGUAAAGUCAUAUGGGUAACAGACGUCGAUUUAGCCAAGCAAGUUUUACUAGAUUCAUCAGACAAGGGUUCAUUUAUUGAACAAAAAAUUGCUGCUCCAGCCUGGUCACCUGUUCUUUCUCUCGAAUCAGUAAAUGGUGAAUCGUGGAGAGACCUCAAGUCGAACUUUCUUAUUUUUCAAAAGUAUCUUCCGCCUGCGGAAGCGCUCACUCUUGUAUUACGCAAUAUUUUAUCUACACAAGAUCCAACGGUAGAGAUUGAUGCAAAACAAGUUGUUCGUAUCACCGUAGCUUGUUUCGUCAAGUGGAUUUUUAAUCUAGACUGGGAUCCAAAAUGGGAUUUUGUCUGCAAGGCAUCAUGGGAAUGGCGUAAAGAAAUUGCUGCCAAAGGAAAAGCGGAUCCACUAUUAAAACGUAGAACAAUUGACUGGUUAAUCGACUUGAUAAGUCAAUCACAUUAUCUCCAGUUAUUUGGUGAACAAUGGUCAACCCCAGAAUGUUAUUCUGUUAUUAUGCAACCAUUUAUUUUAUCUCCCAUGAUAAAUAUGAGUGAUAUUGCAGUAUCCGCUUAUCGUCGUCCAGACCUGUCCGUUCAAGAACUAAUCCAUUAUUAUCAUCCACUUCCAAUACUGGAGCGCUACAUUGAGAACGACAUCUUUGUGUUCAAUGAUGGUGUUCACAGUGUGCUUAUUAAUGCCAAUACUCAAGUAUUUAUUCCAUUGGAUACGAUUGGACAACAGGAGCAACAUACCCGCAAAUUAUGGACGCCAUUCGGAAUUGGGCCCAGAAGAUGUCCAGGCUCUCAGUAUGCACUUUCAUUUCUUACUGAAUUUCUUACUCACUACAAAAAUGAUCCAAAAUUUGUACCUCAGAAGAAUCACAAAUAUAGCGGAAGAAACAACGACAAUCUGUCAUUUCAAGAAUCAAUAUAUCAGCUUGCUCUAUUUGGCAAAAUAUUGAUUCAUGGUUAA